AUGUUGGGCAAACUGUUUAAUCUAACGUCGGGAACGACUGGAGGUACGAAUUCCCAAGAAGAUUGUUCGCCGACUAAACCGUCGCCCGAAUCGAUACAAGAAGAUGUUCAUACUCGGAGUCUCUUGUUCCCGGAUACGCAGGCUCUCUAUCAUCGUCAGGACCAGGUGUUUCCAUUAUCGUCCACGUCCGGUGUUCAACCCGGGGCUUCCGCGAGCCCUUUCGACUAUGAUGGCGAUAUUGAUAUCGACGUGCGCGAUGUUCGCAUCAUAAUCAUGCAAGACGCUUUGGGCUCUGCUAGUCCUUCAUUAUUGUUUGACAGCAACCAAGUUCCAUCUCCUAGUUCACCAGUUGAUCGACCACAGCCACCGAGUGCAGCUUCAUCCUCUCAGUCGCUUAUGCAGGAUCUUCGACGUGCUCCUACGUCGCCGCGGAAGAGUAGCCUCGGGCAGACCUCGAGACCACUAGUUAUCCAGCCUGGCAGUCCUCAACCCCGGCAAGGUGCAUUUGAUCGACGCGGAUCCGCCCAGUCCCGCGCAUAUAGUGCUGCGGAGACUGAAUCCCAGAAAGCUGCUAGGGAAUAUCGCGAAGAGUUGGCUAGCUUCUCCAGCUGUAUAUUUGCUAACUCUGAAGUAAUGUCUUAUAAGGGGACAUCGACAAAGGUUCACAUCAUUCCAAGCGAGCCGCGGCCGUCUGCCGUCUCCAGUUCAUACGUGGGAGAUGGGCGAGGAUCAAUGGGGAGAUCUAGUAUGAGAUCAAGUAGGUUAGCACAAUCUUUCACGUCAGAGUCGGCGAAUGCACAUUUCCAAGCAUUUUCCGCGCCUCCCCGGCAGCAGGACCGCAGCAAGAUUCUAGUGACCCGCCUGUUUCCAGUCAACCUACCAAAUGACGAUCUUGAUUCGCCUACCCAGGCUACAACGGCCCAUAGCCGCUUUUCCGAUGAUAGCGGAGGGUUCCCGUUUCCUUGUUCUCCGGACGACUCCAAGCCAAACAAGAAAAAGUCGAAACCGAUACAGAAGAGGACGCCGAUGUAUGCCGUCGCCUUAGUCCUUCAGCUUCCUUCAAAUUCACCUAACGCCGUAUCAGCAACGGCGCCGAAGCCCGUAUUUCGAGGGCCAAGCUCUUAUAACGAACAGGACUUCUUCCCUUCCUCUUUCGGAUCCGCGCGCCGAUCCGGCUGGACGAUGAUCGGUUCCGGUUUCGGCUCGGAAUCAUUUGAGUCGGCGUAUAGUAACGAUGUCGAGGAUCGCAUGGAUGCGAUAACUCAGCAUUGGGACAUCAUUAUGAGGACCCUUACCCAUCUGCAAUCUAUAGUCGCUACGACAUUGAUCCCCAUGCUGAAACAGGCGGAUAUGUCGGCUCCAGAUCCAUAUCCCUCGAAUGUGUCUGCUCAGAUCGCUCGAACAUCUUCAGUAAAGAGUCGAAGAGACUCGGAUGCAUCUCAGAUGAAGCCGUCCAAGACAAACGCGAAGCUUGUAACACUAUCUCCGAAUUGUCUAGCGCAAGAUGUACGCAUUAGCCAAGAAAUUGAUGAUGCUAAGAUACGAAUUGUGUCUGGUCUUCGAGCUACAAGAGUUAUAACGGGACAGGGUCGUUGGGGACCAUGGAGGGAGGAGGCAAGAUGGGUUGCAAAAUGGGCUGGAACUAGGGAGCAGGGAUUUUUCUUUUUUAAUCUGUUGACGGCAUUUCUUUCAACGCAUACUGAAUGGCUCCAAGCAUUAAGUCCAGUUUGGUACCGGAGGCGACGUUAUCAACAACAAAAAGUAAAAAACGAAGAAGAUGCCUCUUUACCAUCUCGCACGAUUAUAAUCGCCAAGGACAAAAUGGCUGCUAGGAGGUUGAUAUUCUUACUCUCAGCCUUCCUGCCUGCUAACCAGCAGCUGCCCACAGUUCGCGCCCAGCGGCCAGCAACCUCCGCAUCAGUUGCAGCCUUUGGCCACUCGCCACCGUCGUACAUAGUACCGAUCAAUAAGGAAGAGUCUCUACGCCGAAAAAUCAAUCGGCGCCAAGGGCAGAGAGGUGCCUCUCAUACGCGAAGUUUUAGUAUACAGUCGCAAGCUACGACGAGGUCUGUAACGGGUAUACCCGCGCAGCUCGCGCAUCUCAGCAUGGAGCUCUCUAACCAAGAACGUCGAUCGUCGGAUUUCAUCAAGCCGGCGAAUCUACCUAUUAUUGGGAACGAUCUCAACACGCGAAAGAGCAGCGCCGCGACAGCCAAUACAAUCGUUCCGGACUCGGCUAUUCCACACUUCUCUACAGUGCACCGGAGUAGUACCAGCCGCGGCAACCGACCAAACAGUGGUGGCAGUUUUGCUGCGGAUGAUUUAAAGCGGUCACUCAAGAGGGGUGAUAGUACUGGCCACGCUAGCCGUGCGAGUACUGACUCUCGUCAAGGUUCCCGAUGGGGAAGUGUGAUUAGCGGCUUGUGGAGUACAAGACGACGAGACUCAACCGCUACUACCUCGCAGACAUCGGACAUUCUCGGCCAUCCCGAUAGUCCACUCACAUCACCUACCCGAGCAACGGUCGGUGGAAGGGACAAGCUUUCGGAAAUGGUUCGAGAAGCUCAGCUGCUCGAUACGCCCACUAAGCAACAGGUAGAGGGUGAACAUACUCCACUUCAAGAACCAGAUACCCCUCGAAGAUUAGAAAGCAAGCAGCCCGAGUCUCAGUUGAGAACUCCGGAUCCUUUAGGGGCAUACGAAUCUCCCGUGAAGACGUCGAUUAACAACGACGACGGAGUAAUCGAUGUGGAUGUACAGUUUCCAGACUACCUUACAUCGUUUGAAACCGCCGUCAGCUCGCCGUCUAGUAGCGGCUAUCUCUCGACUCCUGGUCUAGGUAGUGGGCUCGAGGGCUUCGAACAAUUUUCUAGACUGGCUAUUGAUGGCGAUGCUCCCUUAAAUGUUGCCGGGUGGCUAAAACGCUUUCACCCGGAUUUCACGCUACAGGCAAUCCCACCGCAGGGAGAUCUCCUAGAUGAAGUCCGAGAAUCUCUAGCCGCGGAACCAACCCCUAUAGUGCAUCUCAAUUCGAUACCAGCAGAGUGGCCCGCGGAACACUGGGUUGACGUAAGUAGUGCUAUUAUCGCUGAUACAACCAACUUUACUAUUAAACGGCUCCGCUAUCGCCGUUUAGUCAAGCCUAAAAUAUCACUUGACCGCAACACGGCCAGUUACCUAUCGCCAUAUGGUUCUUCUUUGAUAACACCAGCACUCUCGCCUUACGAACAGCCUAUUAAGGAUAAAAUCGAAGAAGAGGAGCUUUUUACCUUUGAUGAAGCGCUCAUCGAUGCUGUGGAGAGGGUCAUCGCCCACAGUAGUGAUGUGAGCAAGGGAAGUUCAGCUACGUCUUCACGGUCAGCGAGCAAACGGAGAGAGAGAAGGGAUAGUGAAGCUUCUCGAACGACAGAGCAAGAGGUCCCGACGUAUCAAAUUGACUUCCAGGAAGUACCACGCGCGGAAUGUAAGAUGGUUGUCUUAUCUGCGUUGUCCGGAGUUGUACAGGACGUGGUAGACCAGCGGGAGAGAGAAAGCCAAAAAACGAACCCAACUAUUCCUUACCAAAUAAAUCGCGAAAAGGAGAGCAUACUGCGAGCCGCGGUUAGGACAUGGCUCGACAAUGUGGAGCUCACUGAUGGAUAA